GUCAUCAGCGCGCGCCCUCUCUCUCUCCCUCUCGCCUUCAGUCGACGCUCCGUCAUGUCUACCGUGUAACCGAGUCAGCGGAGGCUUUUUGUUCUCCUCGCCGGGCCCGCUGCUCGGUCGUCGCCUCGCAUGAGUGGUGAAGUUGUUCUUGUAGCCAGCGCCGAUUAAUCUCAACAUGGAGUCCGGAGAGGCCGCCGAGGAGAAGGCAGCCUCUCUGUCGGCGGCGCAGAGGAGAGCCGAGAUCCGGAGGAGAAAGCUGCUCAUGAACUCAGAGGACAGGAUGCACAGGAUCGUGGGCUACGCUAAAACCGAGACUGAAACCAACGCUGGAGCGUCCCAGCGUCCCACAGAGCCCCACUUCCACCUCGAUCUCGACAGGACAGAGCCAUGGUCGUCAUCCUCAUCACCCCCGAGGCCGUCUCCCUUCCUGCCAGAGGCUUCGGGGCUCGGCAGCCGCUCCCACAGCGCCACCCCAGAGAGGAGGGGCUCACCCCUGCCAGGCUUCAGCGAGCCACACGGAGGCUCUCUGGAAGACGACAUCGGAGGGAUACGACAGAGGCCGAGGGGGGAGCGGGUAUCGGACGACAUCAGUGGCUCCCCGCGUCGAGGUCUCCAGAAGUACCUGUCCCGCUUUGACGAUGCCAUGAAACUGCGGGGUCAGCUGGCCAAUGAGAAGCCGGCCCAGGACGGAGGGCCUGAGACGGAGGAGUUUGAUCCCUUCAGAAUCUUCAGGCUCAUCGGCAGCAUCCUCCUCGCUGUUUUUGUGAGGGGCUUCGUCUGCAAGUAUCUGUCAAUAUUUGCUCCAUUUCUGACCCUCGAACUGGCCUACAUGGGGUUGUCCAAAUACUUUCCAAAGGUAGAGAAGAAGGCCCAGACCACUGUGCUGACCGCUGCCCUGUUGCUGUCCGGCAUCCCCGCUGAGGUCAUCAACCGCUCUAUGGACACCUACAGGAGGAUGGGCGACGUCUUUGCCGACCUCUGCGUUUACUUCUUCACCUUCAUCCUCUCCCAUGAGAUCCUGCAGCUCAUUGGUUCAGAGACUCCCUGAUGGACCAGGAGGAUCUCAGUAAACCCCGCUCUCCCUUCUCGAUCUUCCCUCCCUCCGUCUCCCAUAGCAACAAGGCACGGUCAUUUACGUCGGCUGACGUGGGUUUGUUUGUCGACAGUCUGGAAACAAAUCCUCACUGCCUUAUUAACAGGGCCUCCCGUCAGCUGGACGAGUGCUCAUUAAUUCAGUGCUUCAGGAUUCCUCUAAGGCUAAGCUACAUGUGACCAGAGAGCCUGGUGUUUGUUACAGAUCUCCAUUUUUUUUCUCCGGACUAAAGCCGAGAAACAGAAAGAUAGUAUGUUUGUUUGUGUGAAGAAUGCACAGAGGCAUUUGUUGUGCUGAGUGAUAUUUAUUUGUCAGGUCUAUCACAGAAAACGGUAAAUGUCAUAUUCAAGAGUGGACAACAGUACAGUUCGUCAUCAGUCUGGCAGCCACAGACGCCAUUUAACUUCUGAAUGGGAAACACUGGAGUCCCUCAAAUGCUGGGCGACAUUUCUCAAACUGACUUCACAUCAUUCAUUUCUGACAUCACAAUAUGGCAAAGGGUAUGCAAAAUUACACACAAAGUAAUCAAACUGGUGCGCAAUGCAAGGAACUGUCCUCCAGUACUAUGCAUUACAUCAGAAAAACUCCACAAACAGAAACUUUAAAGAGUAACUCAACACCUGGCUGAAAAGCCGUGUUUUGCUGCCCUCUCUAGUUCAAGUGUGUAACCACACCCACAAGAGUGAUGAUGUACUGACACGCCCUGGAGUACACUUCUACUUCACUGCAGCAAGGUGAGAGCCAACAGAGGGCAGCAAAAAAAAACCACCAGCUGCUGUGAAGUUGUUUAAAAACUCUAAUUGUUUGCAUGAGAUCAUUCAUUUAAAGUGAGAUUAUGUAACUUUGGCUAAACAGCAGCCGCCGCCGACAUAAACCGCAAUUAUAGGAUACUUGGAAAUGCUAAAAAACAUCGCAACAGCAUAUAUGCUAUAGAAAGCCAGAGAACUAACUCAUUAAUGUCUGUAACAUUAUUCUUACCAGACCAGUUCAGGCUGUAGCUGCAAAACCCCCAGGGUGUAUUGAGUUGAGCAAUUGUUUGCAUUUAUGAAGUCAGUGUUAUUUAUUAUUUGACAAUGGCAUAGUCUUGCUUUAAAAAAAAAACUGCAUUUAUGAAAAGAAAAGACAAUAUGUUGCUAUUGUCAUGACACGAUUUACUGAGAGCUGAUGAAGAAGGAUAUUGAAUUUUCAUCCAAUUAAAUCGGAAUAAUCUCCAAAGAUGGUGAAUAAUCUGUGCAUGGUGUCAUAUUCUCAGUGACGCAGACUCCUCAGCAGGUGUCUGAUUGCUGUAAAACCAAAUCUGAAGGUAAAACUUUGAGAACUGCUGGAGAAAUUUGGAUUUAGUUGAUCUCCCAACUAGUAUUACACCACUGUUUAUCAUAUUAACCAGCCCUGCAGUGUGUCGGGCAGCACAUUUUCCGUUCAUGUCAUUCAAAAUCUGAAUCUAAACUUCACAUAAUCUGAUAGCCGGAUGAACGAAGGCUGUCAGAGGUAGUAUAAGUGAUUUAACUACACUGGCCCUCGGAAUGAAGAGAUUUCGUGGGUUUUUUUUAAUCCGUUAUGAUUCACAGUUUAUGUCUGAAUUAAGCAGAAAGCUUAAGACAGAGUAUCAUUAAGACUGGCAGGCUUUUCUUUUUCCUUUUUAUACAUAUUGUCUUCACAUCUGCUGAUUAUUGUUGCAACUGCUGCACCUCAAGCAGCCGAUGAGCUUGAGGUGCAGCAGUUGUGUCACAAAUGGUAACCAUCAUUGAGGUCGGACAAAACAUUUCUUUUUAAACAAAAUUACAUUGAGGUUUAGGACAAAUGUCAAAACGUGUGUUCUGAGAUUAGUUUUCAAAAAUACUAUUUAUUCACAUAUGGCCCCCUCGACUCUUCUCUGUCGUACACACAUCAGAUAGCAAGAAAAGUGGUUUCACAUGGACAUCCAAUAAGGCUGCACGGCCACCUUCAGGCUAAGGAGUUCGAGAAGUAAAUACAGCUACAGCGCAGCAGCCAGCGUUCAUUUUAACACACUGAUAAUCUUAUAGUAGGUGAAACAGAAAGUGCUUGCUUCUAAAAAUAUAUUAAAACAAAUCUGAGAUCAAGAGCUUUGAUCACAGUGUUAAUGUCUUGAGAUAGAGGUAGUGAAGAAAGCUAGAGAUUGCAAAAGUACUCUGGAUACAGGAAAUAAAUAAAUAUCAGUCGAUUUGAAGAUAAAUGAAAAACUAAAAGCUUCUUGUUUUGAGUUCACAAAGCCUGAGGAACAGUUCCACACAUGGUCCUCCAGCCAUGGGUUAGUUUGAGAUGAAACAAAACGUUUUUAGGAACAUUAGACAACAUUUUCUGUAUCUUUUGUACAAGCAAGAGGAUGCUGAAUUCUUCAUCCAUCAACUGAAACACUAACCUCUUUAUUGAUUAUAUUUAAUUGUUUUCUUGAGAACUUGACCUCUCCUUUUUAAUUGGUGGAUAAGAAUCAUAUCUAUUCGUGUUGUGACAGAUUUUCAGUGCUUUCUUUCAGUUGUAUUUUCUGUUACCUGGUGUUCAGAAGGGUCCAUCUAUGUUAGUUUUCUCCCAUCGUUUUAGGUUGUGAAGUCAGAAGAAGCAUUUAGUCCUUAAACGUGGAGUGUAUUAUUUUGCACGAGCUUAAAUAAAUAAAUAAAUAAAAAACACAGUAAACUUUAGUAUAUGUACGCAAUGAGAAGUGCGAUUGAGGGCAAUGUUUGGGGGUUUUACUGGAAAGCACUGUCACUGCAAAUGAAUGAGAGGCAGUGGGAGUUUGUAUGUUAUUUGUGUUCAGUAUUUCUGGUGACGUUUCCUGCUCUGCUUUAUUCAAGCCUCAUCCAUACAUACUUCAUAUAUACUCUCUACAUCUGUGCUCUUAUGUCCUUUCUCAAUUCUUCUAAUUUCAUCCAAAUUAAUUUAUUAGUGUGAAUAUGUGUUUUUUCUUUUUUCAUGUAAAUGAAUUGGUGUGAUUUAUCCUAUGACUUGUCUGACCUACCUGAUUGUUUUUGAUAAUGUUUACAGAAUAACUGUUUUUAUGGCUCUUACAGUAUCUAUUUGAACUUCAGUAACAACAUUUAGUGUUGACAUGAUGUAAACAGUCUGCUUAAAAAACCUACACAGGAAUGAAUAAUCUGACAAUUCAUACCAAAUAAAAUACUACUUGUGUGACAUACUCUA